AUGCACAAAGUCCUAACUUCUAAUUUGCAGAAAUGCAAAAGAUACUUUUAUCGAUUUCGCAGUAUAUAAAUGAAAGGAAGAGUAAUAGAAAUUCAUUAUUAAAAAUAACAUAUAAUGAAUUGUACUUAUCAUAUCAGAAAUCCAAUAACAUUUGUGUGUAUAGCUCCUCACAAAUGUUAAUGCUAAAGGAAAUUAUGUGCUCAGUGUCUUUAUAACCAUUAAGUUGACAUCAAAAAUACUAUUCCAAUUGAAUUAUUUGAAGAAAUGGCUAUAAAGAAAUUGAAAGACUCCAAACUUGAGGAGACAUCAGAGUUAACCAAAUAUAAAAUGACCUUUAAAUCCUUGCUCUCCAAAGCCGAAUCUAUAAUGAAGGAAAUUUGGGAGGAGUUGUCACAAUCAAUCAAAUAAGUGUAUGAUUGGAUUGAACUCGAAAACUAAUCAUUCGCUAAUCUCAUCAAAAAAAGUACUAAUUUAGCUGAAUCCUCUUACACAGACUUAUAACUAUUAGUAAAUAUUGUAGUAGGAACAAAUCUAUCUGAUUGGAUUGCUUAAAAGAAUACUUAUAUGAAGGAUCUUGAGGAGACCAAAAAUUGGUGGGACCAUCAUAUCAAGGGUUUUAUUGAAAAGUCGAAGGAAGGAAUCCAAAAGAGUCAAACAUUAAUUAAUAAGUAUUUAAAUCAUAUGAUGUGAGGAUUCAAACUUAUGUAGAAGAAGAAUGCGAAGUUUAUUAAAUGAAAGAAAAUCUAUUUGAAAUAUUAACCUCCAUUUAGGAUAUAGAUGAAUCUAUUUAUAAGAAGAUUCUUGAAAUAAUUAAAUAAGAGUAAAUUUCAGACAUAUUAAAAUUUCUAUCAAAAACAAACGAUUAACACUUUUAUGAUUCUUUCAAAAAUAUAAACGAGAAUAGAAAGGAUGUAAGAUAGAAAAUAAAGAAAAUUACAAAUGUCUUGAGAAAUUGUUAAUAUCAUUAAUUUCAUAAAGUUGACUAUUCUCUUGAAAUUCAUAAAAAUGAAAGAUAAGAUAUUAUUAAAAGUAUUGCACAGAAUAAAGGGAUCAUUGAGUUUUUAAAGUUUUUAGUUUAACUAACAAGCAUUGAUGGAAAAUUUAUAUAAUGUGGGUCGAAUGCAUUAAAUUUCUUAGUAGGCAUGAAGGUUAAUAUUAGGAACCAAGCUUUUGAGAAUAUAAAAAUCUAGAAUACAUCAUUAAUUGGAGGCAGUUUUGCUCGAUGCAACUUGAGUGGAUCAAAAUUCAACAAUGUAGACAUUAGUGGAGUCAAUUUGAAUUUUGCAUAACUAUUCAAUUGUUAAUGGAAGAACUUGAAAAUCGAUGAAAUACCUGCGUUGGAUGGUCAUAGUAGUAGUGUAUGGUCAGUUAGUAUUUCUCCUGAUGGAAAUAAAUUAGCUUCUGGUGGCGGCAGUAUUUAUUAUGGUGGUGAUUGUUCCAUCCGUCUAUGGGAAAUAAAAACAGGAUAAUUAAUAGCCAAAUUGGAUGGUCAUAGUAAAAUUGUCUAUUCAGUCUGUUUCUCUCCUGAUGGAACUACACUAGCUUCUGGUAGUAGAGAUAAAUCUAUCAUACUAUGGGAUAUAAAAACAGGAUAAUAAAAAGUCAAAUUAGAUGGUCAUAGUAACUAUGUUAUGUCAGUCUGUUUCUCUCCUGAUGGAAAUACAUUAGCUUCUGGGAGUUUAGAUAAGUCUAUCUGUCUAUGGGAUGUCAACACAGGAUAAUAAAAAGCUAAAUUUGAUGGUCAUGCCAACACUGUCUAUUCAGUCUGUUUCUCUCCUGAUGGGAAUACAUUAGCAUCUGGUAGUAGAGAUUAGUCUAUUCGUCUAUGGGAUGUAAUAACAGGAUAAUAAAAAUUAGAAUUGGAAGGUCAUGAUGGAACUGUUACAUCUGUCUGUUUUUCUCCUGAUGGAAAAACAUUAGCAUCUGGUAGUUAUGAUAAGUUUAUUAUUUUAUGGGAUGUCAUAACUGGAUAAUAAAAAGCCAAAUUGGAAGGUCAUACUAAUGAUAUAUAUUCAGUCUAUUUCUCUUCUGAUGGAAAUACAUUAGCAUCUGGUAGCGAAGAUAAUUCUAUCCGUUUAUGGGAUAUUUAAAUAGGAAGAUAAAAAGCCAAAUUGGAUGGUCAUGAUAAUUGUAUAAAUUAAGUCUGUAUUUCUCCUGAAGGAAAUACAUUAAUAUCUGGUAGUAAUGAUAACUCUAUCCGUAUAUGGGAGAUAAACACAGGAUAAUAAAUAUUAGAAUUGGAAGGUCAUGAUGGAACCGCUAAAUCAGUCUGUUUCUCUCCUGAUGGAAAUACAUUAGCUUAUGGUAGUGGGGAUAGCUGUAUCCGUCUAUGGGAUGUAAAGACAGGAUAAGAAAUUAAAUCAUCUGAUAAAAACUACAAAGAUAUUCUUGCAUAAUUUAAAAUGCCACUUUAGAGUAGCUCAUUAUUAUCAAAUGGUAUUUGUUAUUUCUUAUUAUUUAGUUGAGCCAGAUCGUACAAUACUUAGGAUUUGUUAGAAUCCUUAAUUAGAAGCAAGAGGUACACUUAUAUUGUAAGGAGAAUUUAUGAAUCAUUAAGGAAAAGAUUUAAAACCUUUAUUCAAAUCAAAAGGAAGUUGCUUUUUGGAAGACCUUAAGUAAAAGUGA